GGAUAGCUGUGGACAACCCUAAUGUUAGGACUCGACAACUGCGAUCUGUGCAGAUCGAAAUUUCUUUUUCGCGCGGAGAAUUUUGACUCGCUCUGAUUCCAGUGUUCCAGCCCGGCCCAGUGCUUGUCAAUCUAUUGCUCUCGUCUAAAUUACUUGCAUCUCACAACCAUGCCGGGCCUCGUGCAGCAGGUUCCGAUCUCCGUCGAACAUCUGGUGCAGUUGAAUCCUUACAACCCCGAUAUUUUGCCGGAUCUCGAGAGCUAUGUUCAGGAGCAGGUUUCUCAGCAGACGUACAGUUUGGAUGCCAACUUGUGCUUGUUGCGUCUCUACCAGUUUGAGCCUGCCCGCUUGAAUGUACAUGUCAUCACCAGAAUCCUGGUCAAGGCUUUAAUGGCCCUUCCAGCUCCGGAUUUCAACCUGUGCAUGUUCCUCAUUCCUGAGAGGCUUCAAAUGGAGGAACCAUUUUUGACACUUGCGACCCUCGCCCACUUUUUAGAGACUGCAAGAUUCCGUGAGUUCUGGGACGAAGCGAACCGAAACCGAGACAUCCUGGAGGUGGUUCCUGGUUUUGAGCAAGCAAUUCAAGACUACGCCAUCCACGUGUUGUCACUUACAUACCAAAAGUUACCCCGCCAGAUCCUCGCGGAGGCCAUAAAUGUCGAAGGUUUGUCGUUGGACAAGUACAUUGAGCAUCAGCAAGUGAACAACGGAUGGUCUCUUGAGAAGGGUCACGGAGGAGGGCAGUUGGUGGUGCUACCGCCUAACGAGGACAAUCAUCCAGUGUUGAGAAAGAACGCGGCUGAUAGUAUUCCACUGGAACUCGUCGCGAAGCUUUUCCCCGUCUUGAGCUGAGCGGUGAAACGUGGUUAAUCUUAUGCACCGAAAUGCGUACGACGAUUUUUAAAUGCGGCCAAGCUUCUACUGAGAUCCGAGAGUUUAUGGUCAAGAGUGUAGGCCCUAAAAAUGUAACCUCCGGUUGAUGUUUGUUUAACUGUAAUACAUGAAAUGUGAACCAGCAUUUUUGCUAACCAGUAAAACUAUCAUUUUUGUUCAUCAGCAAACUUCGUGUCUAAUGAGGAAACGACAUUUGACAAUGGCCUAGAGAAUGUACUGAAAAAGCCGAUCUGUAAACUAUCGCACCAAGUUUUGGAUCGCGUAAAAUAGGGCAAGCGUGCGAUGUUGAGGUUUCAAAUUUUCAAAAGAAUUAAAGGAGCCACAGUCUGGGCAUUUUGAAUGGAU